AUGAAAAUUCGAAGAAUAUUGAUCGUACAAACGAUAUUAUUAUUUCUGAUAUUUUCAUUAUCAGAAUCUAAUGUGAACAUUGUUGAUAUUGACAAAAAUACAAAAAUCAUUCUAAAAAAUGAGGAAUCAUUGAAACAAUUGGAAACUUUGUUAAGACAAGCAGUGAACGCAAGUGCAAACUCUACAGAAGUAACAGCAACCAGACAGGGACCAUGUCAAUGUGCUUUAGGUGUUUGUAGUUGUUGUUCAAGAAUACUUUUCUCAGCGUGGAAACAAAAAGCAUGUGUUAACGUAACUUAUGAUCCAGAUGAGUUCAGUUUUACUGCAAAGGUGAUGAUGAAUGAUAGGGUUCUUUACACUAGAACGAUUUCUGGAAAAAAUCCUAGACCAAUUUGUGUACCAGUGCCAAGGAUUCCGUAUAUUAGAGCUUGCGUGAGAUUUUAUAAUAUUUUUUUCCAAGGUAGAAACAUUCAUCUCUGUGUCAACAUGGAAGGCAAAUUUAGAGAUACGACAUUGUUCAAAGUUGGAUUAGAUUGCAUCCGAUUUGGUUCAAAUGGUUUGGCUUACCUAAAACCGGAAGAUGGGGGUGGAUUAGGUCAAGUCGAAAUCCUUCCAGGUGACGACGACAGUGAUUAUAAUGAUUACAGUGACCAAGAUAACGAUGAUGAUGACGACGAUAAUGACAGCGAUGAUGAUGAUGAUGAUGAUGAU